GAUGGUCGGCCCGGGCCCGUCAUGGCGCAGGCAAUUGUUUAUAGUGGCGCCAUUAUUACUGGCUCAUGGUGCCCCCCGGAGAUCAUUCUUGAUUUCACUUGCGCUGCACAGCUUCUUCUAGAGUUCGGGUUGCUGGGUGGUCUUCGGGACAGCAUGUGGGCAGUCUUAGGCCACUCGGAGGUCAGGCGCAGCUAUGCUCGGCUAUGCCACAGCUUUGCCGUCAUUUUUAAAGGUUUAGCAGCCAUGGCGACGGUUAAGUUCGCGGAGACGACGUCCCCGUACAAUUGCGGGAAGCAGGUUGCCCACGUCACCGACUACAAGCAUCAGGGGUACCUCAUCGGCGCGGGUCUCACCACAGCCGUCAAGAAGUACAACAACCCCGUGCAGGAGGAUCUCAAGGUGGUCAACGUGGCACUCUUCGCUCUCGGCCGCGCAGGCUCCAUCCACCUCAACAACAUCAUGAGCAGCCAGCGGACGAAUCUCAAGUACAUCGUGGAGCCCGACACGAAGAAGCUGCAGAAGGUCGGCGACGAGUGGCGGCUCUCCAAGGACCAGUUGCUGUCCCCCGAGCAGGACGAGAUCGUCUUCAAGGACCCAAGCGUGCACGGCAUCAUUAUCGCUACCCCCACCUUCAUGCACAAAGGCCUGGUGAUGCGCGGGCUCAAGGCGGGCAAGGCUGUGUUCUGUGAGAAGCCUGUUGCCGAGAACUUCGAGGACACUAAACUUUGCUACCAGCUUGCGGAACAGGUUGGUCGGCCCUUGCUCUGUGCCUUCAAUCGCCGGUUCGACCCCAGCUUCUGCCACUUGCGGGAGGAGGUGCAUAAGGGGACAGUGGGUCAGGUACAUAUGGUCAAGACGGUGGCCAGGGAUUCGCCACUCCCUAGCAUCGACUACCUCAAGAUAUCAGGCGGCAUCUUCCACGACUGCGCAGUUCACGACAUCGACCUUACGUGUUGGGUGUUGGGGGAAUACCCGACGCACGUGUUCGCCUCCGCCACCACCUUCCUGCCCGAGGUGGCCGCCCUCAACGACCAUGACACGGUGGCGUUCACCAUGAAGUUCCCGUCGGGGGCUCUCUCCAUGACGGACAUCAGUCGCAACGCAGCCUACGGAUAUGACCAACGGCUGGAGGUGUUUGGGCCCAAGGGCAUGGUGUCAGCGGGCAACGAGCGGCCCUUCCCGAUGACGACGUCCACGGCGCAGGGCGAGACGAGGCCGCCAGUCUACCAUUCCUUCCCGUCCCGCUACCACCAAGGCUACAUCAGGGAGCUCGACCACUUCUGCGACGUUAUUCAGGGCCUGGACGACCUCAGCGUAAACGGCGACAACACGCUCAGGGUGUCCACUAUCGCCUCGACGCUCGAAAAGUCCGUGGUCUCGGGCAAGAUGGAGCGGGUGGUGUACUGAGGCGCCGCGCACCGCCGAGGGAGGCUUACGAGUGGCAGUGAUGAGCCUUCGGUCAACUGUGACGAGAAUAAUCGCAACAGCCUGACUUGUUUGCAAGAAAUGUGAAAAUAAAAGAUAAAAAUAAAUAAGUGAAGAAGAUU